CACCGCCAUCCGCAAUGCUCGGCCUCGCACAAGCCCGCACUUCGCUGCGCCGCUCCGCAGGCGACUGCGCCCGUGUUGCCUCUCGUAGCGGCGCCAGCAGCAGCGGCAGCAGCAGCGCGCCCCGCCUCUCCCAGGUGCAGCUGCGCGCGCACACACGGGCCGCAGCCGCCGCGCGCCGCGCCCUGGCCACCACGGCCACGGCCUCAAAGGCCUCUGCGCCUGCAGCCGCACCGCUGCAUCGAACACGAGCGCAGUUGAGCGACUUGCCGGACAAGGUGCUCGUCAGGACCGGGCCACUGGGUAGACUCUCCAAAGUCCUCUCGCCGCGCAUCUCGGCAUCAAUCACCACGCGCGUCGGCAGCAGCUUUGGUGGAAACCACUCGCUGGAAUGGCAGAGCGCACCGAGGAACAUCCUCGUGGUGCAGAAGCGCGACGCCAAGGCCAGCGAGGCGGCCGUGAGGAUCGCCGAGCAUCUAGCAAAGGAGCAGCCGCAGAUGAACGUCAUAGUCGAGGCUCAGACCUUUGCCGAGCUGCACGCCCGACUUCCCAACCUCGUCCUCGUUCGUCCCGAGGAGCGCAAGCUGCUGGCAGACAAGGUCGACAUGGUCCUCACGCUCGGCGGCGACGGCACGAUCCUGCAUGCCUCGUCGCUGUUCGACGACGCAGCUGUGCCUCCCGUGCUCUCCUUUAGCAUGGGCACCCUCGGCUUUCUGUUGCCUUACCACAUUGAUUCUUUCGCCGAUGCACUGCGCGACAUCUUUGCCGGCUCAGCAUCACUGCUGCUGCGCAUGCGUCUACAUCUCACAAAGCAUGCAGCAGACGGCACGUUGUUGCCUACAGCCGACGGUCGACUUGGCGAUGUGCAUCUCAUGAAUGAGGUCACGCUCCAUCGAGGACGCGAACCGCAUCUCACCAUGAUCGACGCCUUCGUCGAUGGGCGACAUCUGACACAAGCCAUCUCGGACGGCCUGAUCGUCGCCACGCCGACGGGCUCCACCGCCUACUCGCUCAGCGCAGGCGGCCCCAUCGUGCAUCCCUCGGUGCAGAACCUGAUCUUGACGCCGAUCUGCCCGCGCUCGUUGAGCUUCAGGACGGUGCUGCUGCCGAGCGACAGCACGGUGCAGCUCAAGAUCUCCCGCACCUCGCGCGCAGCCGCCGAGCUCACCGUCGACGGGCGCGACAUGGGUCUCUUGCGUCCCGGCGAGUUCCUCCAAGUGGGCAUGUCGCCCUUUCCCAUCCCGUGCGUCAAUCGCAGCACGCCGACGUCUGCGCUCUCGCCGCGGCCAGAGCCGCCGCUGCUCGAGGGCGGCGGCGCGCAAGGCGUGGUGCAUCGCAGCGAGAGGGGCGAAGACGACUGGGUCAGAGACAUCAACACGCUGUUGAAGUUCAACACUAGCUUUGGGAAGCUGCCCAACGAAUAGGCGCGCACGAGCGCAGACGGCAUGUGAUUCACCACCGAGCAAUGGCAUGUAUCAUCACCGAGC